AUGUUCCAACGGUGGUGUGCACGUCUUUCGUGGUAUCUUGCUCAUCGUUUUCAGUAUGCGUUGUUUGUUAUUGCUCUUCUGUCAACGUUUCUUAUUUUACCGUACGGCAUAUCAACAUACUCGAUAUUCAAGCGUUACGCGCGGAAUUUUGGAACAAUCACAAUUGCUCCGUCGUCGAGAAGACGUAAUGAAAAUGCAAAAAUGAGUAAUACUAUAUCACUUUAUGAAUCAUGCGGCAUGUGCGGUUCGCAUGGAUGCACUUGUCUCGUUUCAGCUGCACCAAAACUCAUCGUAUCAUUGAGUCCGGAUUGGAAAUCCAAUAAUUUGAAUGGUUGUUUGGAAUGGCGGUGUGAACUCUCAUCGAACACCAACGAUUUGCAACGUGCAGAUGCUAUUAUUGGAAACAGUGCUUUACAUGGCUUUGUUAAUAUUACAAAGCCUCGUCAAUAUAACGUUUUUUACAGUCAGGAAUCACCAAUAAAUACAGCGCUGCCUUCAUCGACGAAGCACUUCAAUUUAUCGUUAAGCUACCGUCGAGAUUCACCCACUUCGUCACCGUACGGCUAUACGGUGAAACUGGCACCACGCUCUCGGAACUCACGUAGAAUUCCAGACAAAAACUUGCUAAAUGCGAAAUCAAGGCCACUUGUGUGGUUGUUAUUGUUGUUCAAGACCUAUCACACUUCCAAAUCCGCUUUGCAGAAACUGACGGAUCAAAAAGAUUUUUUUCAGCAAUACAUCGAUGUUGAUAUUUAUGGUGAUUGUGGACAGUUGAGGUGCACAAGAAAGACAUCCUGUGAGGACGUACUAGAUUCAAAAUACUAUUUUUAUAUUGCAUUCGAGAAUUCAAUUUGUCACGACUAUGUGACCGAGAAACUUUGGGGUAAAGGCUUCAAUCGGCUGAUAGUGCCAAUUGUUUUGCAACGCUCCAUUCUGGAAGCGUACGCUCCACCGCAUUCGUUCAUUGCAGCGGAUGAUUUUGUUGAUAUCAAACAAUUAGCUGAUCAUUUGAAGUAUCUGAUGCGUAACAGUACGGCUUAUCGGGAGUAUUUCGACUGGAGACGUGAUUACGCGGCUAUUUUUUUGGACGGUAACACCCACGACCAGCUAGAACAGCCAUGGGGUAUAUGCCAGCUUUGCAGAUUAUUAUGGCAACAACCGCAGAAACAAUAUACGAUUGAAAAUUUUAAUGAAUGGUGGACAAAAUGUGAAGAACCUGGCGAUUUGGUUAAGCGUCUCAUAAAAAAUGAUUCGAUUAAUGAUAAUAAUGACCAUAUUAAUGAGCGAAAAUUAGUGAAGAAUAAAAGUCAGGAGCAGUACAAAUAG